CAAGGCCUACGGAGGGGCGGGGCUUCUUGAUGUGAGGUUGCGUUCCCAGGCGUCGCAGAGGGCCCUUUAGGCCGGAAGGGAAAACUGGGUUUCGGGAGUUAGUUUUGGGGGGCAGUGGGGGACUCUGGUCCGGGCCCCGCGGUUCUCACUCUUGCAUGCUCCGCUUCCCCGCGCCGAAUCCGAGCGGAGCAGGCAGCAUCGAGGGCGUGACGUCAUCGCGAGGCGCCGAGCGAGCCCAGGGGGAGCCUUGACCUCUCCGCGUGGGGAGCUGCGAGGCAAUGCUGCAGCUACUCCGGUCCGGGGUGCGGGCCUGGCUUCGGCCCACGGGCUGCCGGGGCUUGAACGCGCUGGCGGAAGAGGCAGUGCAGCCGCCAGAGAAGCCAGAGCCGUUGGCGAGCGCGGGUCCCCAGGCACCGGUACUGCGCAAGUGCGAGCUCCCGGUAUCCGCGCACCGGCGUCCCGUACAGGCCUGGGUGGAAUCCCUGCGGGGCUACGAGCAGGAGCGCGUGGGUCUGGCCGAGCUGCACCCGGACGUUUUCUCCACGGCGCCCAGGCUGGAUAUCCUGCACCAGGUCGCCAUCUGGCAGAAGAACUUCAAGAGAAUUAGCUAUGCCAAGACCAAGACUAGGGCUGAGGUACGGGGUGGUGGCCGGAAGCCCUGGCCACAGAAAGGCAGUGGGCGCGCCAGGCAUGGCAGCAUUCGCUCCCCUCUCUGGCGAGGAGGAGGCGUUGCCCAUGGCCCCCGGGGCCCCACAAGCUACUACUACAUGCUGCCCAUGAAAGUGCGGGUGCAGGGCCUCAAGGUGGCGCUGACUGUCAAGCUGGCCCAGGACAACUUGCACAUCGUGGACUCCCUGGAACUGCCGACUGCAGACCCCCAGUACCUGACGGAGCUGGCCUGCUACCGCCGCUGGGGGGACUCCGUGCUCCUGGUGGACUUAGCAUAUGAGGACAUGCCUCAGAAUAUAGUGGCAGCCACCUCCGGGCUCAAGACCUUCAACCUGGUUCCGGCUGUUGGCCUGAACGUGCAUAGCAUGCUGAAGCACCAGACGCUGGUCCUGACCCUGCAGACUGUUGCCUUCCUGGAGGAGAAGCUGCUCUGGCAUGACUCACGCUAUACGCCCCUCUACCCUUUCCGCCUUCCCUACCGUGACUUCCCAUGAGCCCCCACCCUAUGCCCCCCAGGGCACAGUGGCUGCCCUUCCUGCACAGCUCCAUGCCAGGUGCCUGCUCUGAGCCAGGCCAAGCCCCUGGUGGGUUUGGGGGCCUCACACCCACCCUGCAAGAGUCGCACUGCCCAGACCCCUCAUCCCGGUAAGAAGGUGAGCCCACAGUGUGGCCGGAUGGGUAUCGUGACCCGGAAGGGGUAACUCGGCAGAGAGCCUCACCAAGCUCCUGCCCAAUUCUCUCUUUUCUGUUGUUAAGAUAAAUUUUAUUUUUCUAAUCACAGAGGAGAAACAGAACAGCUCAUUGUCAUGUUGUGAACAAUUCCAUCUGGCAAGUUGGGCUCUUGCCCCGGGGCUGGGCACCGCCAGUACCUCUCUCCUCAGCACUGUUUAUAGAAGUGACUCAGAGUUGCUUCCCUGGGUGGGGCAGCCUCCAGGAGCGCGCAGGAGCAUGAGUGCUGCCCGUCCCCACAAACCUGUUCCUGGCACCUCCUGGUUCCUGGGCACUCAUCAUGUACUCGCAUCCCUGACAGCGUCUGCGGUCCCAUUUGGUAGUGUCCUUUAGUCCCAUGUGUGGUCUCGAUUCCAUGAGUAGGUGCCAUAUGCAAACCUGAACUGUCAUUACAGUGAUUCCCCUGAGCAGAGUCGGAAUCAAUGUGGUCAAUAAACGAGUGAAUAAAUACAUGUUUAAAAACACCAAA